GUCCUUAUCUUGCAGCUCCAUGUUCCUGAUAAAGAUAUGCGAAAUUGCGCAGAAAAGUCAAAAGCGUGUAUUGGUUACUUCAUCGUCGUGCUUUACCCGAUUCUAAAUCUUUCUUUUCCUCGAAAGAAUCGUAUUUUUUUUUAAUGCUCUUCUCUUUUAGUACUCAACUGUCUUAUUUAAUUUCUUCAGCUCCAUUUCCUUUUCUACACAGAGAAACUAAGAAGAAAUUGAAGGGUUUGCGUCUUUAUAAAGUUCUGUAGCAGUAUAUAAGGUGAUACUUCAGCUUCGUAAUUUUAAGAUUUCGCAGCUAAUUUAAGUUAUACUGUGUUGCGGUUUUUUCAUUCAUUUCAAGGAAAAUCUAAAACAUCCUUAAACAAAAUUUGUUGGGCAGAGGGAAGUCUCUGUCAGUUUGUUUCUAAAUUGGGUUUCGAAAUACUAGAUUGGAUUUACAAUCUUUUGAAUAUUUGGGUUUGUUUGUCGAUCGAAGCAAAGUUUUUAAGAGUAAUGGCAGGAGCAAUGAAGAUCGUAGUUGAGGAAAUAUGUGCAGAGGUCAUUGCGGCGUUACCUGACACAUUUAAGAAAGGGGAAAACAAAGCCCUUCUUAAACGCCUCGGAUCCGGACUAAAUCGUUUAUUGCUUUUGUUCAACGAUGAUACAAAGCGAUUAGAUCUCCCAAAAAAGAAUACAAAGCGCUCGACAGAAGACGUGAAAAAGGGUGAGAAGCAAGUUCGCAAGCGCUCGAAAAGCCGGUGGUGGAGAUUGAGCUGCUGUUUUAGAGUCUGUUGCCCCAUCGAACUUUGCGAGUCGGACGAGGACAUCGCAAGUUCCUGUGAGGAUGAUACGGAAGCAAAUAGCACAAGGAAUCAUGGGACCGAGAUUUCAGUAAACUUGAAUAUUAAUAAUAUUCAAGAACAAGAGUAUAGACCAAGGGCAUUUUGUGCGGUUCGUAGACCCCCGGAUUUUACAGUUGGGUUUGAUAAGCCGAUGAUGGAGUUGAAGACACUGCUGUUGAAGGAGGAGGUGCAUCAGCUUCUAUUGACUGCUCCGCCUGGAUGCGGGAAGACCACGUUAGUCCAAAUGCUUUGUCAGGAUAAACAAAUUAAAGGCAUGUUUGCGAACAAUAUUCUCUUUGUCAAUGUUUCUAAAACUCCCAAUGUGAAGGUCAUUGUACAAAACCUAUUUAGUUAUAAGGGUUAUCAGCCUAAGUAUCAAAUUCAAAGUGAAGAAGAUGCAAUCUGCCAGCUACCACAAAUGUUGAGUCAUAUUGGACCUAAUCCUAUAUUGUUGAUCCUGGAUGAUGUCUGGCUUGGAUCAGAACUCCUUUUUGAAAAGUUUAAGUUUAAUAUUCCAAACUACAAGAUUUUGGUUACUUCAAGAACUGCAUUUCCAAGAUUUAAACAUACGUAUAACUUGAAACAACUAAAUGAUGUGGAUGCAAUGACUCUUUUUUGUCACUCAGCAUUCCUACAAGAUGAGAGCUCUUAUAUUCCAGAAGAAGAUAUCAAAAAGAUAGUAAGAGGUUGUGGGGGGUUUCCAUUGGUCCUUAAAAUGAUUGGUGGCUCACUGUGUGGGCAACAUGCAGUUGUAUGGCACAGUAGACUUUUGAAAUGGUCUGAUGGUCAUUUUUUUUUCAAUUCUGAUACUGAGUUGCUUCCUCAUCUUCAAAAAAGCCUAGAAUUUCCAGAUGACAAGAUCAUUCUCAAAGAGUGCUUCAUGGACCUUGGUUCAUUUUAUGCAGAACAAAGGAUCUCUGCUGCUAUCCUUAUUGAUAUGUGGGCAGAAUUAUAUGAACUAGAUGAAGAUGGCAUCCACGCGAUUGCCAAUUUGCAAGAACUCACCAUUCGAAAUCUGGCUAACCUUGAGAUGACAAGGAAAGAUGCAAGUGAGGUCAAGAGCUAUUACAAUGAAGACUUUGUCACACAACAUAAUAUUCUUAGAGAGCUUGCUCUGCAUCAAAGUAGCCAGGAGCCUAUAGGACAAAGGAAAAGACUAAUUAUGAACAUAAGUGGAACCAAUCUACCAAAGUGGUGGAUGGAACAGAAGCAACAACCCAUCAAUGCACGCUUAUUAUCCAUCUCAACUGAUGAAUCAUUCUUGGGGAGCUGGUGCAACAUUCAAGCACCUAAAGUUGAGGUUUUAGUUCUAAAUUUUCAAACAAAGAAUUACACCUUACCUGAAUUUGUGGAGAAAGCAAAUGAACUCAAGGUUUUGAUAGUCAGUAAUCAUGGUUUCUUUCAUGCUGACAUAAAAAAUUUUCAACUGCUCUGGUCUCUACCCAAUUUAAAGAGAAUUAGGCUGGAGAAGAUUUCAAUUUCUUCCCUUUGCAAGACCCUUGUUCCAUUGAAGAGAUUAAGAAAAAUAUCAUUAUUUAUGUGCAAUAUUGGUACCGCUUUUGAGAAUUGUACUAUCCAGGGUUCAUAUGCAUUGCCAAAUCUAAAAGAGAUAAACAUUGACUAUUGCAAUGAUCUAGUAGAACUACCUGUUGGGUUGUGUGACAUUGUCCACCUAAAAAAACUCUGCAUCACCAACUGUCAUAAGUUGUCUAUACUACCUAAAGGUAUUGGAAAGCUGGUGAAUUUAGAAGUGCUAAGGAUUAGGUCUUGUACUGAUUUGUUAGAGUUGCCAGAGUCAAUUAGAAGCCUCCAUAAGUUAAGUGUUCUUGACAUAUCUGAUUGCCUAAGCAUUAGCAAGUUGCCAAAAUACAUUGGUGAGUUGUGUAAUUUAAAAGUGCUUAACAUGAAAGGGUGCUUGAGAUUAUGUAAUCCAUUACCGGAAUCAACAAUAGAUCUUAAGAAAUUAAUGAUUGUGGUAUGUGACGAAGAGAGGGCCAAGUUAUGGGAGCCUAUCAAGGACAUCCUCACCAAGCUUAACAUUGAGGUGGCUAAGAAAGAUAUCAACUUGAAUUGGCUUCUCAAGUAGCACUUUGAGAACCUUCUAUCGUGUAGCAGCAAGAAGAGCAGUGCAGUUUACCAUUGAAACGAGCUUUCACCUAUCCUCUUUCAAAGGUAAUUCAGAGAUUGUUAUAAGGACAUUAAGGAUACGAAACAAAAAUUUUUGGUGAGGGAUCAACAUAACGUGGACUCAAUGGCAGGUGUGAAUGCUUAUCAUUUUGAUCAAGAUGAAUCAAGAAAAAAACUCGCACGUAUGAUCAUCUUGCAUGAGUAUCCCCUUUCUAUAGUUGAUCACAUUGGCUUUAGAAGAUAUUCAACUUCUCUUCAACCAUUUUUCAAGGGAACACAAUCAAGAAGGACAUUAUGAGCAUCUAUGAUCAUGAAAGGGAAAAACCAAUGCAUGAAAUAGAAAAGAAUUAAGAGUAGAAUUGCUAUUACCAUUGAUAUGUGGACUUCACAAAACCAAGGGUUUAUGGUUGUAACGGCACACUUCAUUGAUGAUUUCUGGAGAUUACAAAGCCGAGUUAUGAGGUGCUUCUAUUUUCCUCUACAUUUUAAGGAGAAAGUCAAAAAAUUUCGCAUCCAAGAGAUAAAUCAAGAUUACAGCAAGCUUCUUGUAAAGACAGGAGAACUAUCUUUUAGAGGCUAUAGAGCAGUUCAAUGUGAACUAGCUAAAAUUCAAGCGAUUUGUUACAGACCUGUUAAAUUAUGAUAGAACUUGGGGCAGAACAUUAUAUUUGUACAAAUGAGAAAUCAUGUUAGCAAGUUGCAUAAUGCAGUCCAUUCUGGGGCUCAAAAGCCAGAAUACAGAGAAGAGAUAAUAAUCAAAGAGUUUAAAGAUGGUUCUAUCAACUGGCCUCACCCAAGGCCUUGAUGAAUAAAAGAUUAAUUUCGUUAUCAA